GUGCAGCGAGCGAGGCAUGCCGGGAGUUGCAGUCCCAGCCCGGGGAGGAAGGGCCGGCUCGGGCUGGAGUCCCGGAGCUCCAGCGGCGGCGGCGGCGGCGGCGGCCGGAGCGAACCAUGCAGAAAUACGAGAAGCUGGAGAAGAUCGGAGAGGGCACCUAUGGGACUGUUUUCAAGGCCAAGAACCGGGAGACCCACGAGAUUGUGGCGCUGAAGAGGGUGCGGCUGGACGAUGAUGACGAGGGAGUCCCCAGCUCCGCCCUGCGGGAGAUCUGCCUGCUUAAGGAACUGAAGCAUAAGAACAUCGUCAGGUUGCAUGACGUCCUGCACAGUGACAAGAAGCUCACACUGGUCUUUGAAUUCUGUGACCAGGAUCUGAAGAAAUACUUUGACAGCUGCAAUGGGGAUCUGGACCCUGAAAUUGUAAAGUCUUUCAUGUAUCAGCUGCUGAAGGGUUUGGGGUUCUGCCACAGCCGAAACGUCCUGCACCGAGAUCUGAAGCCCCAGAACCUGCUGAUCAAUCGGAAUGGGGAGCUGAAGUUGGCGGACUUUGGGCUGGCCCGGGCCUUUGGCAUCCCCGUGCGCUGCUAUUCGGCCGAGGUGGUGACGCUGUGGUACCGCCCACCGGACGUGCUCUUUGGGGCCAAGCUCUACUCCACCUCCAUCGACAUGUGGUCGGCCGGCUGCAUCUUUGCAGAGCUGGCCAAUGCUGGACGGCCGCUCUUUCCGGGCAACGAUGUGGAUGACCAACUGAAGCGGAUCUUCCGGCUCUUGGGGACCCCAACGGAGGAGCAGUGGCCGGGGAUGACCAAACUCCCGGAUUACAAGCCGUAUCCGAUGUACCCGGCUACAACUUCACUGGUCAACGUGGUGCCGAAACUCAACACGACCGGCCGUGACCUGCUUCAGAACCUGUUGAAGUGCAACCCGGUGCAUCGGAUCUCGGCGGAGGACGCCCUGCAGCACCCCUACUUCACAGAUUUCUGCCCCCCUUAGGGGGCCACCUGGCGUGGCACGUGGCCCCCUCCGCAUACAAGCCACGUUGUACAAUAGCUUGCAGAAGGCGCUGCGACUCUCCUGGGACCAGUGGGGAGGCAGCGUGUGUUGUGGGA